AUGACCUCGGACAACAAGAGCACCCCCGGCGCCGAGCCGCACCAGAAGCAGCUCUCUUUCAAGCAGCAGCUCGACAAGGCAGCCUUUGAGGCAAAGCACCCAGACGCAGGCAAGCGCGAACCCACCAUCGUGGACAAGGUGGCGGAGACAGUAACAACCUACGUCCCCCCGCUAGGCAAGAUCCUCAACAAGUCCCCUUCUCCAGACAACAACGGCCAGCAGAAGCCGACGGCAGACCCAGACGUCCCGCCAGUCAGACCAGACCACGAUCCACACAUCGAGGAGUUUGUCAGGGACCAGCAUCGGAGCAAGAAGCCCGACGGCAAGGUCGUUACGUAA